AUGGUGUUAUCGUCAUUAAAAGGAGAGCGUGGAGAUGUGGAACUGAGGACUGUGGGUAGACAGAUCCACGGUAAGGUGCUUAUCAAAGAGUUGGCAUUGAAAGAUAUGGAGCACGAUAUAAAGAUCGAGACUCCUAUGACCUUGGAGGAAAUGAUCAAUUCCUUAAGUGAGGUAGAGAAACAGGAGAUGAGGGCUUUUCGGUUUCAGCAACUCCAACUUUUGAAGGAUGCCUUUAAUCAGCUCGUAGAGAGGCUUGAUUCUAAUGUUAGAUUAGAAUGUAUACCACUUUAUCUUGAGGAAAAUAAGAACAGUUUUGUGGAUAGCGAAGAUUACAUGGCCCUUCGCAUGUAUGUCCCUAUUAUGAAAGAAUUGUUUGCCAGAAAUGGGGAUAUCGGUGAAGAUUGGUUGUCAAGUAGAAAAGUAAAAUCUGUCUUAUUUUUUGUUGUAUGUGGAGUUACACAGAGCAUGCGCAUGACUAGUAUCGUGGAUAUCAAUGAAGAUGUGCUUCACCAAUGGUGGAGGUGCAUAAAACUAGUGGACUGGUGGCUUCAAAAUUCAGUUCAUGAACAAUCAUUUGAAGUUAGUGAUAGAAGCUUACUUUGGUCUUGA